CUCUUCCCUGCCAGAGCUCAUUCAUUCGCCCUUUUCUCUCUCUCUAGAACCUCCCAGAUUUGCGACUCCGGAUUCUCGUUUGCUAGGGUUUGUGGCUGGACUCAGCUCUCAGCUUUUGCUGCGGUGUUCUUGCUUCCUAUUGGUUUUUCCGGUGAGUUUUAUGAAGAGCUCCGGUUAGAAGAGAUCAGCUGUGAAAGAAGAUUCGUGAAUAAACAUGAAGAAAACUGCAUAUAGCUUCAGUGCUGGUUAAAAUACUCUUAAGGAAUGACAGAUUUGCUCAUGUAUGAGUUUGAAGACAUAGGUUGGGAUGAUCUUUGUCAGAGUGAUGACCAUAUAGUGCCUCGUCCUUUGGAAGAUCAUUCUCUCCUGCGUGAUAGCUGCAAGAAACCUCAUUGUGAAGUAACAAAUAUUGCCUAUAACACUGAGGACAAAAAUUCCGCAUAUCAAGGAAGUGAAGAAGGAAAGUUUUCAUCAUUGAAUAAAAGGAAGUACAGAAUGCUGGAAGGAGAUUCUAGGUCGGACGCACCAAGUGGUGUAUUUUCUUCUUCAACAGAUGCUGACUCAAUCAAAGUUGCAUCUAGUUUAGCUUCCGAGAAAACCGCAUCCUCAAGUCAUGUUCAUGGAAAUAGUAACACAGACUCCCAUGGUAAUCAAUUCUGUGGUGAUGGCACCGUUGUUGGUGUUGGGACCACUGGCUUUAAAAACAACUCCUCUACUGAUCCACUUGGUGGCAUAACUCAUGCUGGCAAUGAUCUCAAUUUCUUUGAGAAUGAAGAGGAGAAAGAUUCAAGUGAUUUCUUAGAUUUUGGUUGGCCUGAAAUAGAGAACUUUGAAGACGUUGACAGGAUAUUCAGAAGUUGUGACUCAACAUUUGGACUUGGGGCCAGUAGAGAGGAUGAGUUCCGUUGGUUUUCAUCACCAGAUAACAUAGGAGGCACUGGAGAAUUUGUCAAUUCAGACUUCAAAUUUCAAUCACCUGAGUCGAAUUCUGCGGAAAAUCUCUCAUCAAACCAUGACUUUUUGAAGGCCCAUUCUUCAAAUGAUGCUGCCGUGAUGAGUGCGCCUAUCAGGCUCAGAGACAGUCCGUGGAUCUCAGAGAAACCUGAUUCAUAUGUCUCCUUUGCAGAUGAAUCUGCUAUUGUUAAUGGCGAGCAAGGGUUUACCCCUAAAGCACAUCUGAACGGGCACCAAAAACAGGUUAAGCUGAAGAACCAGUCCAGGGGACAAAUGAAAGAGCAUAACCUUGGAAAUGGUACAAGUAAGCUUCCGGAUGAGGCAGUACAGACCCCUUAUAGGAUCAAGUCUCAUCAAGCUUUCUUAUGCCAGCAACAACCAAAGCAUGCUUCAGCCCCAGAUUCCUGUGAUUAUUUACGAAAUCAUCUUUCGUAUGUAACUACAGAUAACACUCCAUCAUCUGAUCUGACAUCAGUAAACCCAACAUCUUCUGCUGUCAAAACCGAGACAAAUGAGUUGACAUCUCCAUCAACCAGAGAUUCUUCCCAUGCUUCUGAUCUGUUGCCAUCUAUGGGUGGCUCUCAUGACCUUCCUCUUCAUCUGACAACUCCAACAGGAACUGGAAAAGGAGUAAUGCUACACAGUCAUCAUGGUAGUCGAUCUCCAGUCGACAGCAAUGCAAAGCCUGCAAAUAUAGUGGUGCAGGCCACCUCAAGUGAUCCUGGUUCUAUGACAGAAGAAGCUCAUUAUGUCAGAGAUAUGCCAGAGAAUCAUAGUGAUUUGGCAGAAGUUCGCCACUUUAUUCCAGCAGAAUUAGGAUCCUCAAAUGUUCAAGAAAGCUCAACAAGUUCUGGUAUGGAUGAUGUUUCUCUGGAAGCAGCUAGUUUUCGCCAGCUUCAGCUUGUUACGGAGCAGUUGGAUUUGAGAACGAAGAUGUGCAUACGAGACAGUUUGUACCGUCUGGCUCGGAGUGCUGAACAAAGGCAUAACCAUGCUAACUCGAACAGCGGCUUUGAUGAUGGAAGAGAUGCCUGUGGAGCAUUAGUAACUGAAGGAGAAAAAAGCUUCAUGGAUAUUGAAACGGAUACAAAUCCUAUUGAUCGUUCAGUAGCACACUUGCUGUUUCACAGACCUUCCGAGUCAUCCCCUGCUUCUGCCCAGGAUUCAUUGCCAUUCAAGUCGCCGAGCAUGGUACAUGCAUCUGACACAAGUGGACCUGUAAUGAAGACCUUGAUAGACAGUGAAGAACCAGAUGUAGCACAAAGGUCUCUGACGACUGACUGCAAAUAAUUGUUCUCACAGAGUUGAGAGGAUUUGGGCGGCCUUAUGAAGCUUUUAUACAAAGAAUUUUGCAAUGCUUUUGUAAAGUAAAAAAUCCCUUUUGAAUUGGUCUUGUUCUAGGGCUCAACUUUCUAUGAUCCUGAGAGAACUUCCAUGGUCUAACCCUGCCCUAACUAUUACUAUAGUGAGUGGGAGAAAAAUAUACACUUCAAAGUAAUAUUAAUUAUUAGGUUUCUUGUGAAAUCACCUUUUUCACAUGCAUUGUUGUACUACCUCCUCAUAAAAUGUAUCCAAUUUGUUAUUUUUCGUCCGUUUUCAUAAAAUGUACCCAGUCUAUUUUUAGUAAGUUUUUCAUUCACAAUUAAGUGGAACUCUUACACUCUUCACAAUAUAUUUAACUAUUUUAUUGAAA